GUACAAAUCUAGACCGCGCAUGCGUGCUGUAAAAGCUAGCGUGUUUCGUUGCUGUGUGCUGCUCUCCUUGUCUGCAGUGUAAAUGUUUCGGACAACGAAUACAAACUACUAAUUUUCACCAUGAAAACAAGAUUCAAUACCGUGGAUAUCAGGGCGGUCAUUGCUGAGAUAAAUGCGAAUUACCUUGGUAUGCGCGUAAACAACGUGUAUGACAUCGACACCAAGACCUAUCUCAUCCGUUUGCAAAAGCCUGACACCAAAUCUAUUCUACUGGUUGAAUCUGGACUCCGCAUUCAUUCUACAGACUUUGAAUGGCCCAAAAAUAUGAUGCCCUCUGGCUUUGCCAUGAAAUGUCGAAAGCAUCUCAAGUCAAGACGACUAACACAGGUGAAGCAGCUUGGGGUUGACAGGAUUGUUGACAUCCAGUUUGGCUCCGAUGAGGCUGCUUACCAUCUGAUAGUGGAACUCUAUGACAGGGGUAACAUUAUCCUGGCGGACCACGAGUACACCAUUCUGAACCUGCUGCGCUUCCGCACAGCAGAGGGAGAGGAAGAUGUGAAGAUAGCGGUGAGGGAGAGGUACCCUGUGGAGAACGCCAGGCCCCCAGAGCCCCUCAUCAGCCUGGAGAGACUCACUGAAGUCCUGUCGAAGGCCACAAAUGGAGAACAGGUGAAAAGGAUCCUCAAUCCCCACCUUCCAUAUGGGGCUACUCUCAUAGAGCACUGUUUGAUGGAAGUGGGACUCCCCGGCUUUAUCAAAGUGGACAGCCAGUUUGAUGCUGCACGAGAUGCACCCAAAAUCCUCGAUGCCCUGCAAAUGGCAGAAGUUUAUAUGGAGAAAACGGCAAGCUUCGAUGGAAAGGGCUACAUCAUCCAAAAAUGUGAGAAGAAACCAAGUUUAGCCCCAGAGAAACCUGAAGAAUUGCUCACAUAUGAGGAAUUCCAUCCCUUCCUCUUUGCCCAACAUGCAAAUAGCCACUAUGUUGAGUUUGAUACAUUUGACAAGGCAGUGGACGAAUUCUACUCCAAGAUGGAGAGUCAGAAGAUUGACGUGAAGGCCCUGCAGCAGGAGAAACAGGCUCUGAAAAAGCUGGACAAUGUCAAGAGGGACCACGUGCAGAGGCUGGAGGCACUGCACCAACUUCAGGAGGUAGACGGGCUUAGGGGCGAGCUGGUGGAAAUGAACUUGCCCAUAGUGGAGAGGGCUCUGCAGGUGGUGCGGAGCGCCCUGGCCAACCAGGUGGACUGGGCCGAGAUAGGGCUGAUCGUCAAGGAGGCCCAGGCUGCCGGAGACCCAGUGGCCUGCGCCAUCAAGGAGCUGAAGCUGCAGACCAACCACAUCACAAUGCUUUUAAAGAACCCAUACAUUGUCCCAGAGGAAGUAGAGGAGGAGCAUGUAGCCGAGGUGGCUGAAGAGAAGAAGGGGAAGAAGAACAAGAACAAAGAGAAGGGUCAGAAGGGCAAGCCCAAGAAGGACCAGCCCAUGCUGGUGGAUGUGGACCUCAGCUUGUCAGCUUACGCCAAUGCCAAAAAAUACUACGACCACAAGCGAACCGCUGCUAAGAAAGAGCAGAAAACCGUGGAGGCAGCCCAGAAGGCUUUCAAAUCUGCUGAGAAGAAGACCAAGCAAACCCUUAAAGAGGUCCAAACGGUUACGACCAUUCAGAAGGCCAGGAAAGUCUACUGGUUUGAGAAGUUCUUGUGGUUCAUCAGCUCAGAAAAUUACCUCACCAUCGCCGGACGUGACCAGCAACAGAAUGAAAUUAUCGUUAAGCGCUACUUGAGGGCUGGGGAUAUCUACGUUCACGCCGACCUCCAUGGAGCAACUAGUUGUGUCAUCAAGAACCCAUCUGGUGUGCCCAUUCCUCCACGCACCUUGACUGAGGCGGGCACCAUGGCCGUGUGCUACAGUGCAGCCUGGGACGCCAAGGUUAUCACCAGCGCAUGGUGGGUGCACAACCACCAGGUGACUAAGUCUGCCCCCACUGGAGAAUACCUGACCACUGGAAGUUUCAUGAUCCGAGGAAAGAAGAACUACAUGCCGCCCUCUUAUUUAAUGAUGGGUUUCAGCUUUCUCUUCAAGGUAGAUGAGCAGUGUGUAUUCAGACACCGGGGUGAGAGGAAGGUCAAGACCAUUGACGAGGACAUGGCGGAUGUGACGUCCAGCACAGCAGAGCUACUAGAGGAUGGGGAGGAGCUUAUUGGGGAUGACAGUAGCAACGAGGGAGAGGGGGAAGACGGAGGAGGAGAUAGAAAGAAGAAUGGAGUGGAGGUAAAAGUAGAGAAAGCCACUGAAGGGGCAGAGGCUGAACAUAAGGAGGAUGGAGAUGCUAAAGAACUGGACGACGACAUGAAGGAGGAAGGAGAGGAGGAUGAGGUGGAGGGGUUCGAGGCGCAGGUGAAGAGUGAUGGGGAGAGUGCAGAGUUCAGUUUUCCAGACACCACCAUCUCCCUGUCCCACUUGCAGUCCACCAGGGAAACCCAAAGUGCUGGUUUCAAAAAGGUGUCCAUUCAGGUUGAGGUGGAGGCGCAAAAAGAGGGGGGAAAACACAUUACAGCCAAGCAAAGAAGGGAGGAGAAGAAGGGGAAACAGGAUCAUUCUGAAUCUCAGGAAGAAGAGGGAAAGACUGAGGAGACGCAUGGUGCCUCCGCAGCCAAUCAGAAAACCAAGAGUGGAGGAGGGGGAGGAGCCUCUCAGCAUCCUCUUAAGAGACAUCAAAAGAACAAGCUGAAGAAAAUUAAAGAGAAGUACAAAGACCAAGAUGAAGAGGAUCGGGAGCUGAUGAUGAAAUUGUUGGGGUCUGCUGGCUCCACUAAGGAAGAGAAGCCUAAGAAGGGCAAGAAGGGGAAGGGCAAAGACGAGGUGUUGAGAAAAGCACCCCAGAAGCAAGCCCAGAGACCCCGUCCUCAGGAGGUCAUCUUAAAGAAACCAGAAGGGGAAGAGGAGGGUCUAGCUGUGGAGGAGGGAGCAGCACCUGAACAGGAUGACAAGGAAGGAGAUGAUCAGGACCAAGACAACCCUGGAGCAGAGGAAGCAGAGAAACUGCUGAAUUCUCUGACGGGCCAACCCCACCCAGAGGAUGUACUGCUGUUCGCUGUGCCGGUCUGUGCCCCCUACACUGCCCUCUCCAACUACAAGCACAAGGUGAAGUUGACCCCAGGGACCCAGAAGAAAGGAAAAGCUGCCCGCACUGCAGUAUUCAGCUUCAUGAAGGCCAGGGAGGCUUCGACUAGAGAGAAGGACCUGUUUCGCAGUGUCAAGGAUACAGAUUUAUCAAGAAACAUCCCAGGCAAAGUUAAAGUGUCAGCACCUAACCUAAUGGCAGCCAAGAAGAAAUAGACCUGUACAAUUUAGUCGACUUGGACUUUCUUCACGAAACAAUGAGUUAACCCCACCCUUAAUAGUACUAUGAUGUCUGCAAUUGGAUGACAGGAAAAGCUUGUGCAUCGAAGCAUUACAUUUUCCUGGAUCUUUACUUCAAGAUGACAGGGAGGGAGAAAGCAAUGCAAAAUGUCAGAACAAAAUCAGAUUUUACAUUUAUUUUUUCUUGAUUCAAAAUUAAGAUUUUUAUGAAACUUGUGCAAAUAAUACAAAAUGAGAUACUUUUUGUGGUAACUUCAGUGCAACUGGUAUUAUUACCUGAUUAAAAACAGAAAAUACUACACAAGCCUCUUCUGACUAACAUGGUCAAACGUAUAACACCUUUCCAGCAGGACUGAACAUGGUACUUUCACUUUAAAAAUAUAUAUACAUUUUCAAACACUGGCAUGACAAAUUUACACGUAAGGAUAAUGAACGUUGCCAUGCUUGCUGACUGGCCAUCACCACUCCCAUCAAAAGCCUACAAUUUUUUCACUAAAUUAAUAACACUCGUGACGAGAUGGGUUGAGCUGUCCUCUUUGUUCAGCUAGCACCAAGGUCAUGGCUGUCCACACACACCCCGGCAUCCCAUAGAAUGUGGUGGUAUAUGCCUCAUGACCCCAGUGCGUUGAUGCCUCCCAUCCUCUGUUUGAGACUGUGUAGCAGGUGUUAAGGCAGGCAGUCCCAUGACGCAGCCAGCAACUCUCUGUGCUGCAAUGCUGCUUCCAUACAGAACCUAGAGAGGGGGACAAGCAAGUUUUACAUUGACUAAAAGAUGUGUUCAUUAGGCACCAAACGGACUGACUACUGAACCUUUGUUGUUGCAUACCCUCCCUAAUAAACAAAACCCAGUAGUUAGGGCCAUGUUUUUGUCUGGGUUCAGGGUUGUUUCUCUACUCACCAGACAAGUGACUUGGGUUGAACCGUGAACACCAGCAACUCUUUGCUGUGAGCCUGUUAAAGGCAAUUGACAUAUCUUUAUUCAAACCAUACUUGGUAGUAAACAUUUAUCAAUCAGUUUGUAGUUUUAAUUUUAAGUGACACUUGUGGUCUCACUGUACUCACUGCUCGCUGAUGGGACAGCAGGUUAUUGGCACAACCGCCAAACACAAAGACCUCCCCAUCAGGACCGGAACAGGCCGUGUGCCAGAGCCUGACACAAAAAAAGAGGAAAAUGACUAAGGACACACACACACAAACAGUGAAACAAGCAGCUCCCAUUCAUUACCACUAAUUGGUUUCUCUCUUGUGAUAUUACAUGGGGCUCUGUGAAUGAUUGUGCUUGUACUGCUGCCACUUGUUCUUGCUGACGCAGUACAGCCAAGCGUCACCUGUAUAUAUUACAAAAGGAUGGAGGAAUAAAAACAUUUGGUCAUGCCAUGGACUCAAGGAAAAUGGAUAAGGAAGUAUUCUUCACUCACUCAGUGUCUCUCUAUAUGUUGUGAAGCCUCCGAACAAGAACAUGUGAUCAGGUGACACGGGGGUGAGGGAGUGCCAUGAGCGUCCCACAGGACCCUGCUGAGGAACACUCCUGUAGAGGGGCAAGGGAAGGUCAAGGGGAAAUAGGACCGGGGUAAAGGGUUAGUCCCAUAAAGGUGAACAGAGGUACAUCUAUGGGUUAGAGCACAGCCCCCUCCCCUAAAAAAAGGUGUUUAAUGCUAUAACAUGCAUGAAGACAUUUUGGAUGAGGACCACUCCCAGGAAUCCAUGUCGAUGUAGUGCAAGUCGUUCAGGCGGUAAUCCUGUUGUAAAAGAGACAAAGCAUCAAACAUUUAGAAUACAAGAUCCUUUAUGUGAUAAGUCAUAGAAAUGAACAUGGUCAACAUCUAUCUACAGGCCCGUGAUACAAUUUCACAUUAGACAGUGUGACCGUAAACUCAGCAGGAACUUGAGUAAUCUCUUUUCAGAACAUUCCUACUUACCCUGUAACGCCCCCCAAACACAUAGCCUCGGUUGCCCACCUUGGCACAGGCAUAUGCUGCCCGGGGAGAUGGGGCAUUACCCUUCAAUAGAAAGGGGGAAUGGAGAGGUGAGACUGGAGCUCCCAUUGAAACAGAUGUGCAAAAUGGCUUCCAACACAGAAAGUUGUGACAUGAUUUAAGGGAAUGCUGUUACUUUGGUGACUGGCUGGCUCCAGGUGGACAUCUCCAGGUCCAGGAUGUGAAUGUGGUUGUUCCAGCCCCGCCCCGGAUUAUCUCCCUGUUACAACACACAGAGAAGGGAUUGUUUUCAUUAGGGCAUGCAAACAUUUAACUACGGAACAAAAAUGUGCGUUUCUUAUUGGUUAUCCCCGUUUCAGUAAAAAAAAAAGAGUUUGGUGCUUAAUUAACACGACCAGAACUUUACAAUUAUUGACAACUCCCUUUGCUGCAGACAGAUACACUUAACAGACCAUUUUCAUACUGGUGUUAAAAGCAGCUGAAGGUUUCAAGGGUUGUGCAAUUAAUUGACCAUACCAUGAAUGAAGUUUCAUCGUAUUCAAAUGUCCCUCUGUGAGCUCCUUGUGCCAUAUAUCCGUAGCCACCGAAGAAUACUAGCCUGUGAACAGCCGGCAGUUAAUGGAGAAAUGGUUUGAAGUGACAAAUGCAUCAGAAAUGUAUUGGGAAGAUCAUCAGUCAAUUUUGUAUGAUGUUCUGUGUAGAAUUUCUCUUGCAACCCCAUAGCUUGGUAAAGGCUGCUUUAGAGGUAAUGAGAUGGAGCAACUCGAAGACCUAUUAUUAUAUAAACACACUGCCUGCCAAUAGACCAACUCACCUAUUCUUGUGAACCCAGCAGCCCAGUUUGUCCUUGCAGGACGGGGCCAGGCCCUUGAGAUGCUUCAUCUCCUCCCAGCAGAGGAGAGGUGUUCGGAGAGGGAGCCGAAAGACCUGAAGGGCAGUAUAAAUGGAAUAAGACUAGUCUCUUGUAACAGACAUUAACAUUUUAAAGGCCCAGUGCAGUCAAUUCUGUUUUGUAUCAUUGUACAGCAAAUGUAGCGAUUAAAAGUUAAAUGCCAUCGCUAAAUGUUUUUUUGCGUGUGCCCACUGGUAUUGCUCUCCAGCCAACAGCUUUAUUGGCACACUGUUGGCUAGAGCGGACGUAUAGCCUACAUGAUGAGAUUAUUAUUAAGGACAAAAGAUUGAGAUUUGUCAAAUGGCAGCCAAGCAUCGAUUAAGAUAUCACCAGAAUAAGAACCUCCAAUAUUUAUUUUGAAAGGAGCAUCACCUUGCACUUUCACCACUCUGUGAAGUUCAUAAUUCAUUACAUCUGUAGCCUAAUAAACAGCAUGCUUUCCUGACGAGUCGUAGUGGGAGGACAUGUCAUCGCGUGACUCCAAGUUUACUUCGAUAUGUUAUUAUAUCAAUACUUACGCAUAAAAGCAUUUCCACCGAUAUUUCUCGCUAAAAUAUAUUUUACAAACACAAAAAGAUCACACAUUUAGUUUUGUCGACAUUUGGGAAGUCCAUCAUGUUUCCAUCAUGCUGGUCAUUACAUGAUUUACUUCAUUACUCUACUCUAAGGUUGGCUGGAAACCUGGUUACUGUAAAAAAAA